GUUUUGACAGAUAUAUGUCUUGUAUAUGUCUGUCAGUUUCAUUAACACUUCCGCACAUUGAAGGUUAAGCAACCCUACCUCUCUUAAAAAUAGCUUCUGUAAGAAAUGUCUUUUACUGCGACGAUGUGAAAGACCCGGUUUCUGACCCACUAUAACGUAUUCCGAUCUUUCGGAGGUAAUAUCAGAGAACCAUUCAUUGCAACAGUCUGAGGUAGUGUCGGAAGACGAUGCGUCCGCCAUUUUUAAAUAACCCUACUGAAAGAUACGCGUGAGGAGCGUCCAGAAGAUCGGAGAAUACAAUUCACCACGAUUCACUAAGGUUUGCCACAUGGGCGCACCAGUCGAAUUGUUUUCACGCCUCCCUUGCGAAGUACGAAAAUACUAUCUUAAUCCUACGAUUUUCCAAUCCGUUGGAAGAAUUAUCAAAGAAUAUCCACUGUUUAGAUGAACGAACCGAUAGACUUAACGAGACAUAAGAAUUGCACGCACGCCUAUUUCGCAGUAAUAUUUGCUUCGAAUUAAAUGAAUUUGUAAGAGUAAAAGCAUGGAUAUCACGAUCGACGAUAGAUUAAAUGUAUUACAACAAAUAAGCCAGCAAAAGCUCAUUGGAAUAUUGGAUGCGAUUCCUGGGGUUAAAGACCUGGUGAUAGAACAGAAACUUAUGAAAACAUUAGACAGUUUCAUUGGAGUUUCCGUACUCAAGCACUAUGGAGUCGAUAAAAUAUAUGAAAUGGAGCAAGGUUUAAAGCUCUCAAAUUCUCAACGUAUCUUCUUAGUUUCGAGUGACUUGAUAUCUUGUAAAAGGGUAUUAGAUCAUGUACAAUCAGAAAUUUCACCAAAUAUCAAACCACACAUACAACCAUACCAUCAUAUUCUAGUUGCUCCAUUUGUUCCAAUGGUUCUAAAUUCAAUUAUCGAAGAAGAGGGCUUAUCUGGAUUAGUGACAGUACAAGCGUUAUCUUGGGAAUUCAUAAGAUUAGAUGGCAAGGUCUUAUCUUUAGAAAGUUCUAUGUUUACUGAUCUUUAUUAUCAUAAAGAUACUGCUUUACUACCAACACUAGCACGGAGCUUAUGGUCACUGCAACUUAUACUUGGCUCGCCCCUGCUUACACUUUCACUUGGCAAACACAGCCAGCAGAUGCUUAAAAUUAUAAACACCAUGACAACGAUGUUUGAUUCAUCGAUUAUAGAGAAUAACAUUGGAGCAUUAAUUUUGAUGGAUAGAAACUAUGAUCUAGCUACGCCACUCUUGACACCAGUAACGUAUGCUGGUUUAUUACAUGAAGUUGUGGAAAUAAAUGUUGGUAUAGGUACCUUAGACAAAUCUCAAACCAAAUUGGAUCCAGAUAAAGAUCAGAUUUAUGGAGAAGUAAGAGAUACACCAUGUAGUGAUGUAUUCCCUAUUUUACAUGGAAAAGCUAAAUCCCUAAAAUCUGAACAAGAUGCCAUACAAACAAUGAAGUUGUCUGAAAUGGAGCAAUAUGUAGCGACAAGAUUACAGAAAACCAGGGACAUGAAACGUCAAUUAGCUUUCCAUAUUUCUGCCUGCCAACUUAUUGCAGAUACAUUGGGGUCCGACUUUCAGACUUUGCAAAGGAUAGAGAAAUCUAUAAUUGAAUGCAAAGAUAGGAAAGAAUGUUUAAAUUACAUCGAAAGACAUAUUGAUGAUCAUCCACUGAGAACUUUACGUUUACUAUGUUUACUAUCCAUCGCAAGUGAUGGUAUCACUCAAAAUGAGCUACACUCCAUUCAGAAACUUCACCUUCAUGCACAUGGUUAUAAACAUAUACCAUUAUUUUAUAAAUUGCAAACCAUUGGUUUACUAAAAUGUAGAGAAGAAAAUAUUUUGCAUAAAUUACCGAAUUGGACCAGUGAAUGGAACAACAAUGCUCAGAGGCUGAAACUUUUGCCAAGCUACUCGAAACAAACAGAACAAAAAGGCCGUACAUGUUCUAGCUACGUGUUCAAUAAUGCGUAUAUUCCCAUAAUCGCUCAAGUAUUGAAUGCUGUUGUAAAUCAAGAAAAAGAUCUUAAGAAUUUCACUGAAUUAGCAAAUUUGCCGAAUUGUCUUAUAAAUGGGAAACACGGUGCAUUGCAGUCAAAAACGGUGGUAAUAUGUGUUAUAGGUGGUAUCACUUACGCUGAAAUAGCUGCUUGCAGACUUAUAGAAAAGUUGACUAAAAUCCAACUUGUUCUUACAUCCGACAGUAUUACGACAGGUAAUAAAAUACUUGAAAAAACGCAAGAAAUAUAAGAACCUUAGAAUUAUAUAAGUUAGAAAGAUGUAAUUGAUAUUUUUUAUUGUUUUACUGUAAAUUGAUUGUUUUAUAUUUAGAAAAUAAAAAUUGUAAAUAUAGA